ACGACAUCCCGGCGGCGCAAGGCAAAGAAGCAACAUCCACCACCACAAGCAGGGGAGGGCCAUGGGGCCAAUGAUGGCGGGAAGUUAUCUCCCGAACAGCCGCCUGCGCCGAAGGCAGAGGAGCAGGAGGAGGGGGAGAGCGAAGUUCGAAGUGACGACGUUGUCUCGGGGCCUCUGCCGCCGCCAUCGCCACCUUCACAGUCGAGCGUGAGUGCCCCUGCCGAGGAAGGCGAGGCUAAUGCGGUGGUCGGUGCGCCUGAAGGCGCCGGAGCGGAGCAGCCUCCUGUCCUCGAAGCGAAGGACGCCGCCCCAACCUCGGCAGCGGGUCCAGGCGCCAGCCCUCCCGUGCGCAGUGAUGCUGACGAGGCUCCCACGAAGAGCACCCCUGGCACUGCGCCGCAUGGCACAGUUCAACCUACCGCUGCGGAGGCCGAGAAGGCGACACAGGGCGUUGACGACGCAGUGGGCAAUAAAAACGCCCCAGCUGGCGCGCAAGAAACCCCCCAAGCACGCGACGCGUCACCACCCGCUGGCAGCAGCUCCACUGCUUCCCAGCACAGUGCUGACGUGAAGCCCAGCGAGGGAAAAGGGGACGGCACGCUGCGUGGGUGCGUGUCUCGGCUAUGGCUGCUUGCUCUGCUGGGGCUGUGGGUCAUGACGGCUCUCUGCUGA